AUGCUCAACAAGCUGUCUGGACAGCCAGAGAGCUAUGAGAAAAAAGCUCUUUACAAAUUCGGACGCACCCUUGGUGCAGGCACAUACGGAAUCGUCCGGGAGGCCGAGUCCACUAUGGGCCAGAAGGUCGCGGUCAAAAUCAUUCUCAAGAAGAAUGUCCGCGGCAAUGAGAGCAUGGUCUAUGAUGAGCUGGAGAUGUUGCAAAAGCUCAAGCACCCUCACAUUGUCUCCUUUGUGGACUGGUUCGAGUCCAAGGCAAGUAACAGUCACCCAUUCUCGUCAGUAGUCUCGUCUGGACAGACCCUGACUCCCAUCCAGGACAAAUUCUACAUUGUGACACAGCUUGCCACUGGCGGAGAGCUGUUCGAUCGCAUCUGCGACUAUGGAAAGUUCACAGAAAAGGACGCUUCCCAAACAAUCCGCCAGGUACUCGACGCCGUCAACUAUCUGCAUCGCCGAAACAUCGUUCACCGAGACUUGAAACCCGAAAACCUCCUAUACCUCACGCGCGCCUCCGAUUCAGAGCUGGUCCUCGCAGAUUUUGGUAUUGCCAAAAUGUUGGAAAAUCCUAGCGAAGUUCUGACCAGUAUGGCCGGCUCGUUCGGAUACGCUGCGCCUGAGGUGAUGCUGAAGCAAGGUCAUGGCAAGGCUGUCGACAUGUGGUCUCUGGGUGUUAUUACCUACACACUUCUAUGCGGUUACUCUCCUUUCCGUUCCGAGAACCUGACGGAUCUGAUCGAGGAGUGCCGGGGUGGCCGUAUUAUCUUCCACGAGCGCUACUGGAAGGAUGUCUCACAGGAUGCCAAGGAUUUCAUUCUCAGUCUCUUGCAACCCGACCCCAGCAAGCGGGUUACGUCCGAGGAGGCCCUCAAGCACGAGUGGCUGACCGGAGAAUCUGCCAGCGACCGCGAUCUGCUGCCCGAGAUCCGCGCCUACAUUGCGCGCGCCCGUCUCCGUCGCGGUAUCGAGAUCGUCAAGCUGGCCAACCGCAUCGAAGCGCUCAAGAUGCACGAGGAGGAUGGCGAGAACGAGGAGGAUAUCCCGAGCCCCGUUGCCAUGGCCGAGUCUGCCAGUGGCGGUGCAUCCCCGAAUGGCGAGGGAGAAUCUCCUGCCCCGACUACGAAGAAGCGCAGUCUCAGCAAGAUUGCUCGCGGUGCUAUUUUCCGAGAGGUGGUUCUGGCCAAGGUUCGCGAGGUCAAGGAGAACGAGGAACGAGAGAAGAUCGAGCGCGAGGCGCGCGAAAAGGCAACCAAUGCUUGA